AAACCAUUCAUUUUAGUGAAAAGAAAAAAAAAAUUCGCUUCUCAAGAAAAUUAAUUAAAUAAUGGAUUAAUAGACAGUUAAAACGCUUAGAAAUAGUAUAAUUCGGUAAGGAAGAUAGAGCCAGAGGAAUCAAAAGUAUUGUGGAUUUAAAUUUCAUCAUAAAAGUGCUUCAAUUUUAAUAAUUUCAAAAAGUAUCCAUUAUCAGUGAACCGAGUAAUCACACAAAAAGAGAAAGAGAGAGUCAUAAUAACUACAAAUUAUAUAGUUGAGAGACAUUUUUAAUGCUUCACGCAAGCUAACAUAGUUUUAUGAUUAUACGGAAAGAGAAGGAGAUAACACAACUACAGAAGAGAAGCAUGUGGUUUUAAAAAAUAUCGGUUCCAGUAUUUAUCGUGCGACUCAUAAAUUAUUUCAAGAAAUCUAUUUAACUGCAAUACUUUGAUCGGUGAGUGUAAAAAACAUUUUUGGUAAAAAUUAAGUAGUGAAAAGUCUACGGAUAAAGAAAAAGAAAGAAAAAUGUUGACAUCAACAACAAAACACGUUUUACACUGCCUGCUCCUCUGUUCUAUGAUAAUUGGACUUUUAUUUGGAUCGGGAGCUAUAAAGACAGAUGACGAUGAUUAUUUGGCAAUUGAUCCAUGGACGGAAUAUGGAACAGCAUGGACAAUUUUCUUAUAUGUAAUAAGAUGUUGUGCCCUUAUGACACUGCCACAAAUGCUUUGCAAUUUCUUUGGACUCGUAUGUUAUAAUGCAUUUCCUGAUAAAGUUGUGCUUAAAGGAUCACCGCUUUUAGCUCCAUUUAUAUGCGUACGUGUAGUCACUCGUGGAGAUUUUCCAGAUUUAGUGAAACGAAAUGUCAUGAGAAAUAUGAAUACAUGCCUUGAUACGGGUCUUGAGAAUUUCCUCAUUGAAGUUGUUACCGAUAAGGCAUUAAAUCUUCCGAAACAUAGACGAAUAAGAGAGAUUGUCGUACCAAAAGAUUAUCAGACUAAAACCGGUGCAUUAUUUAAGUCGCGUGCUCUACAACAUUGUUUAGAGGAUAAUGUUAAUGUAUUAAAUCCAAACGAUUGGAUUGUGCAUCUUGAUGAGGAGACAAUUCUUACCGAAAACAGUGUACGUGGAAUAACGAAUUUUGUGUUGGAUGGAAAAUAUCCAUUCGGUCAGGGACUAAUUACUUAUGCAAAUGAAAAUGUUGUUAAUUGGCUGACGACGCUGGCUGACUCGUUUCGUGUUAGUGACGAUAUGGGAAAAUUGAGAUUCCAGUUCAAAUUCUUCCAUAAGCCGCCAUUCAGUUGGAAAGGAAGCUAUGUUGUGACACAGUUGCAUGCCGAGAAAGACGUAUCGUUUGAUAAUGGUGUCGAUGGAUCUGUUGCUGAGGAUUGCUUCUUUGCAAUGAAAGCAUAUAGUAAAGGGUACUCAUUUGAUUUUAUUGAAGGCGAAAUGUAUGAGAAAUCACCAUUCACACUACUCGACUUCCUUCAACAGCGUAAGCGUUGGCUCCAAGGAAUCCUCCUUGUCGUUCAUUCAAAAGUCAUUCCAAUUAAGCAUAAAAUUUUCCUUACGCUAAGCGUUUACAGUUGGGUGACAAUGCCUUUAUCAACAUCAAAUAUAUUUUUGGCUGUAUUAAUGCCUAUACCAUGUCCAUUCAUUUUGGAUGUUUGUUGCGCUUUUCUUGGCGCCAUUAGCGUGUACAUGUACAUUUUUGGUGUUCUCAAAUCCUUUUCAUUAUAUCGAUUUGGUGUAUUAAAGUCAAUCUUAUGCAUUAUUGGAGCACUUGGAACAAUACCCGUAAAUUUAGUUAUUGAAAAUGUUGCUGUGAUUUGGGGCAUGCUAAGCAAUAAACAUAGAUUUUACGUUGUACAAAAGGAAAUAACUAAAACAACAACAAGUGAAGAACGUCCACUUAUGAUGGAUGUUUAAAUUGCUAAUCCCAUUGCAUUGUAGUCAAAAAAGAAUCAAAUAUAAG